GGCAGGGCCGGGCACCCGCCCCCGGGGCGGGCGCGGCGGGGCCGGCGGAGGCGAGGGCAGAGCGGCGCUGGGAGCGGCGCUGGGAGCGGGCCGGCCAUGGUGGGGCUCAAGGAGGAGCUGCUCAAGUCCAUCUGGCACGCCUUCACCGCCCUCGACCUCGACCGCAGCGGGAAGGUCUCCAAGUCCCAGCUGAAGGUCCUUUCUCACAACUUGUGUACAGUGUUAAAUGUCCCCCACGACCCGGUGGCCUUGGAAGAGCACUUUAGGGACGAUGAUGAAGGGCCAGUUUCCAAUCAGGGUUACAUGCCUUACCUAAACAAAUUCAUCUUGGAAAAGGUUCAAGGAAACUUUGACAAAGUUGAAUUCAACAGGAUGUGCUGGACUCUCUGUGCUAAAAAGAACCUCUCUAAAAGUCCUUUGCUGAUUAGUGAUGAAGAUGCAUUUAAAGUGUGGGUUAUUUUUAACUUCUUAUCAGAGGACAAAUACCCUUUAAUCAUUGUACCCGAGGAGAUUGAAUAUUUACUUAAAAAAAUCACCGAAGCAAUGGGAGCAGGUUGGCAGCAAGAGCAGUUUGACCACUACAAGAUUGCCCUCAACACCAGUCGAGAGGGUCUCUCUGCGUGGGAGCUGAUUGACCUCAUCGGAAGUGGGCAGUUCAGUAAAGGCAUGGACCGACAGACCGUGUCCAUGGCCAUCAAUGAAGUCUUUAAUGAGCUCAUAUUAGAUGUACUCAAACAGGGCUAUAUGUUGAAAAAGGGUCACAAAAGGAAAAAUUGGAUGGAACGAUGGUUUGUGCUAAAACCCAAUAUUAUUUCCUACUACGUAAGUGAAGAUUUAAAGGACAAGAAGGGAGACAUCAUACUGGAUGGCAACUGUUGUGUAGAGGCCUUGCCUGACAGAGAUGGAAAGAAAUGCCUUUUUCUCAUAAAAUGUCUUGAUAAAACCUUUGAAAUCAGUGCCUCUGAUAAGAAGAAGAAGCAGGAAUGGAUUCAAGCCAUCCAGACCACGGUAAACCUGCUGAGAGCAGGGAGCCCCCCACCCCACAAAGAGGCGCGCCAGAAGCGGAAGGAGUUGCGGCAGAAGCUGUUGGCCGAGCAGGAGGAGCUGGAGCGGCAGAUGAAGGAACUGCAGGCGGCCAAUGAGAGCAAGCAGAAGGAACUGGAGGCCGUGCGAAAGCAACUGGAAGCAGCAGCUGCUCGUGCUGCUGAGGAGGAGAAGAAAAGACUUCAGACUCAAGUUGAAUUACAAGAUCGCUUCAGUUUGGAGCUGGAGAGAGAAAAAAUGGUAAGGCAAAAGAUGGAAGAGCAGGUUGCUCAGAAAUCAUCUGAACUGGAACAAUAUUUACAAAGAGUACGUGAACUGGAAGAAAUGUAUAAACAACUACAGGAAGCAUUGGAGGAUGAGAGACAGGCACGUCAAGAUGAAGAGACUGUGAGGAAACUUCAGGCCAGAUUGCUGGAAGAGGAGUCAGCAAAGAGAGCUGAACUGGAAAAAUGGCAUUUGCAGCAGCAACAGACCAUUCAGAUGACAGAAGCAGAGAAGCAAGAGCUAGAAAACCAGAGAAUUAUAAAGGAACAGGCUCUUCAAGUUGCUAUGCAGCAACUGAAACAACUUGAACUGGAAAGGAAGGAGGCCCUUGAGCAGUAUGAGGAGGUUAAGAAGAAGUUGGAAACGGCAGCUAAUAACACCAAGAGCUGGAAAGAUAAAGUAGCUCAUCAUGAGGGAUUAAUUCGACUAAUAGAGCCAGGCUCCAAGAAUCCUCACUUAAUCACAAACUGGGGCCCAGCUGCCUUCACUGAAGCUGAACUGGAGGAAAGACAAAAGAGCUGGAAAGGGAAAAAAGCCACUUCUGAGUGACGGCGGUGGCUGACGAGUUGUCUGUGAAUGGCAGCCCACCUCCCCUCGUCCUGCUUUGCACAGAGCAGCCUCUCGCUUGCAAAGUUCUUAGUUUGCUCAGCAGGUUGGGCCUUUGUACAGAUGAAAUACUGUUUAUCACGUCAGUGUGUCUGCUGAGAGCUGAGCAAUUGCAAUAUGUGGUGUCUGACACUACUUGCAGUUUGUUCUCGCUCAUGUUUCCAGAAAUUCUCUUCUUUUAUAAAAGACUUCUCAACUGAAGAUUUUUGUUGAAAUGUAGCUUGUGACAGAGUUGUUUAUGUACUAGCCUGUAACAAUCUGACAGCAGCUAACCAAUCAAGCAGCAUCACUUUCCUUCCAAAAAGUGAGGGAAGCAAUUGUUCCAUUGGUUGAGUUAGUAUAAUUUAAACCCAGGAUAAGUCAGUCCUGGAGAUUGUGUCCAACUCUGAGACAGAGCAUUACCUUUCCUUCCACUGAGCCUCCUUCUACUCUGUCCAUCUGCUGCUCUUUGCAUGGUGCUUAGUGCUCAGACACAUCCUUUAGUGAGGGUGGGCUGGCAGUACAUGCUGCCUGGUUGGAUUUGGUGUCCUGUUUUCCUCUGUUUGCAAGAAUACAAACAAAAGAACUAGAAAUAGGCAUGUAGAAAAUGCUGCUGGAAGACAUUUGGAAAAAAAAUAGUCGUUGAAGACUGUUUUUGUACUGUCUCACACUUGAGAAGUGCUAAAUAAAGCCUUGAGAGUUCUCUUAAUAGUUUAAAAGAUGCAGUUUUGUCUCACAGGUUUCUGAAGCAAAUGAAUGGAAGGUGGUAGCACAGUCCAGAUAUCAUCUGCAUCAAGGUUGUGUUUGUGCAAGAAAUCUGAUUAGAACAUACCACCAUUUUUAGAUGUAGCACUUUUAUCUUAAUUGGAGGACAGAUUAAAAAAAAAAGUAAAAGGAAAAAUAAAUUUCACUUUUUUUUUUUUAAUAAAAAUGAUAAAUGUGUAAAAAUAACAGCUUUAGAAAAAAAAAUCAUUCCUGUCAGUAAAUUAACUUCAGUGUUUCUAGUACUAGAGCUUCCCAAAGAGCCCGCUGCUCUGCCUCACAAUUCUUUCCAGGGACAGAGCCAAUUAUUUUUGUUUCUUUAGGGAAAAGCAGCAACUCUGUGACUUUGCUCUGUAGAUCUCCCACAGCAGACAAGAAGUCUGUCUAUUGCUCAGUAAAACAGGAUCCCUGCUAACUUGUACAGAGAUUUUGAGAACUCCCCCCUCAAGGAGCAGGUGCCCACUGGUGUGGCUUUGAGUCAGCUUUGCCUGUACCCCAGACAUCCAUCCCUUAGCACCUGCUUGUUAGUUCAGCUACAUGUUAAAUUAUUUUUCGUAAAUAAGAAGUGAAUUUUUCAGGUGGAUAAGCAGUGCCUUUGCGUGCAGCACUGUGAUACUUGGAUCUUGGAAAAGCAGAAGUUGUACAGAAGUGGUGCCCAGAUUUGGAAGUCAAUACCAUUUUAUUUGCCUAUUAACUAAGACUCACUCAAAUACUGAAUCUUCUCAGACAUUUAUUCUCCGGUUAUAUUUUUAUACUAAUUGAAAUCUUUAAUGAUUCAGUAAAUAGAGUGCUAAUUAGAAUGGCACGAAAAUCCAGGAUCUUUGUAUUUGUACUUACUGUACAGGAAAACAAUAGUUCCUUAAGCUUGAUAACAAGGCAUUUUUUUAAAAACAUUGAUCACGUUUACAGAAGCAUUGUGAAGAAAAAAAACAUCCAACUGUAAUAGAAAUACUAAUGUGCACGUGGUUAAACUUUGCUAAAGGAGCUGGAACAGUAUUUAUAACUACCAAUAUCUUUUAUGUGGAGAGCAAAAGGUGUAUUGGGGCUAAACUUGUUUAAUUUUUCUAACGGUCUUUAUUUUGGACAACUGUUUUUUAAGAACACCAAAUGAUGCAUGUUUUGAUAUUUUUUACUGUUCUUUAGAAUUGGCUGUUUAAUAAAGUAAUAUAAAGUCAUUUACA